UACAAUUCCAGUACAGAUUCUACCUAAACGAAUCACAUUCAACUUCAAGUUAAUAAAAAAAAACAAGUACUGCCAAAUCGAAAAGCUGUUAAGUCAGUUGUCUUUUGACGUUUAUUGUGAAAUAGGAUAAAAGCAAUUUUUCAAAAUGUUCAAUCUAACCCGAGCCCUAAACCAUUCGAAUGUUAUUCGUAAUGCUGCAACACUAUCCGUUGCUCGCAAUAUCACAAUGAAAAUUGUGCCUCCAGUAACACCGCCCGUCGAAUCUUUCGAUGAGAAGAACUCACGUCUCCAGCGUGCCCUGUCUCCCCAUUUGACUAUCUAUAGGCCACAAUUGACCAGCAUGCUAUCUAUUUCCCACAGGAUGACAGGCCUUCUCCUGGCUGGCUAUUCGACUGUAUUAGGUCUAGGAGCUCUUGUCUCACCAGUUGAUUUUUCCCACUACGUCACCAUGAUUGAGGGACUCCAAUUGAGUGCGGGAUCAUUAAUUGCUAUAAAAUUCAUUUUGGCUUAUCCCAUGGGCUACCACACAGCCAACGGAGUCCGACAUCUCAUCUGGGAUACUGGCAAAUGCUUGAAAAUCAAUGAAGUCUACUCGACUGGUUAUGCAAUGGUUGGAUCAUCCAUUAUUCUAUCAGCCAUCCUGGCUUUACUUUAAAAACGAAAAUAAUUAUAUCUGUAUAUAAAUGUAUUUUCAAUUCGAUUUGACGAAGUUCUAAAGUGGAAUCUAGAUAAAAUAAGAAAUUGGAAAAAGUUGUUCUAUUCCUUGAUAAAGUUACAUAACAGUUUUAUUGUUUACAUUUUUUUCUUUUUGUCAAAGCAGAUGACGUAUGUUUGCUUUUAUUUAUAUUUAUAAUGUACUUCACUGUUAUGCAGUACCAGCGAAUAAAAAACAAAUAAAAGAAAUGAUUUCAAUUUCAGGUUAAGAAAUUA